UGGUGCUGGCAGUAAAACUAAUCCAUACUACUAUUAUUUGAAGUAUUACCGAUGUACGAGCUUGUGAAGACUAAAGGUAUGUCCUAUUCAUCCUAGUGCGUUUGCAUAUGUAUAUAAUUUAAAGCAGCACCAUAUCAAGGCUGUACUCGUCAGAGCUGUCGCCUUCAGCUUGCCUGCGGCGGCGUCGUACUGUUUUCUUCUCGUAGACAGGCCAAAUCCAAACCACGAUGAUCCACAUUGUCAUUGCCCCAGCGGCAAACCCGAUCAGCGCCAACCCGGGCUCCGUCCAAGUCGGUUUCGGGGUCACGUGCAGGUGGGCAAAUGCAACGCCAAACGGUUCUGACGAGGGGGGAAGAUUCAAACAUGCCAGUGCGACGUCGUCCACGGCAGUAUCCACUCGAAACACUCCUGUCGAAGUGUUGGCUUGGCACUGGGUAUUGACCACCACCACAACCCCCCCUUCACCGCCGCUGCCGCCGUCGCCCCCCCCGCUUGUCCAUAACGACGACGAUGACGAUGAUUGGAGGGAAAGUUUGCACCACAUGGGGGCGAAGGGGUUGAGAAAACAAGUGGCAACAUGCCAUUCGCGCACGCGACGACACCACAUGACUUCGGUUUCAUCCAUGUCGGUUUCGACGGGGGGAGCAACGGUACGGCUGGACCCUCGCUUUUGUUGGGUGCAAUAGGGCACCCAUUGCUGCAUCAACGUAUGCAGCAGGGAUGGGUCGUCUGUUGUAGAGGUCGAGUCGCGGUCGUCCCAGGGAGCGGCAACGAGACGAGGAGGACGAGCUCCUAUGCGGCUAUCGGACUUGUCCAGGGCGGCAAACGUCUUUUCGUAAACCAACGCCCCAACAUCCCCUCGGUCAGGCAAGGGAUGCCCCUUGGCUCGUUCGUCGGCUACGAUCGUGCCGUAGCUUUUACAACAACCCAACGUCAUGUACCACUGCGUUCUCUUAGCAUGGCAGGUCGCUUCAUCGUUGGACCACGACGCGAACUUGCAAAACGGGCGACCCGGUACCGAUUCCAGAUGCAACGCUGCUGGUGGUGCUGUUAUGUUGUUGUGUACAUCGUGUGGAUUUGUCACGACUAGGCGGUGGUACCCCGAAUAGCUAAAGCACUUGUCCCCUGCGUUUUUGAGAUGUCGCCAGGUCUGCCCCAAUUGGCACAACGACGAUGCGUUUCGAUGUCCCUCCAAAAUCGGGCACGACGGAUACAUUGAGGACGGACCUGAUGGCAGCAUCGACACGGCGUCCCGCGAGCGCAACAAAGUGCAUCCAGUCGUCGUCUUCCCAUCCCUGUAGCAUUCCACUCGCUUUGACUCUGCGUUCCACCGUAGGGCCACACCUCCCCCCCCUUUGUCGGGGGCAAACGACCACAUUGACAAGUCGUGAACCGAAUGAUCAAACGCUGCUUGGGUGUCGACAAAGUACUUUGCACACGUGGCUUGAAGCGAGUGCGGGCCUUCGUGUGUCGUGUGCCGAAACGCCGAGUGGAACCGAAUGUUGUCGUCGUCGUCGUCAUUGGUCGUGUCUAGAACUGGCAAGUGGAACGCCAGCGACUCGACAUCGGUGCCGUGGAUUGGGUCCACGGUCAUGGAAGGGGCGGGGUACGAGCACGCGGUGACGGUCGUUCUGUGCCACUUUGCAUCGACGGUGGAGACGAGCAGCGGCGACCCCUCGUCGUCCCUCCCGAAGCGGGGGAGGUUACUACUGGUUGUGGUUGUCUGAAGCGAUGGGGGGGCUAUGUACAAGGAGGAGGAGGAGGUUGAUUUGUCUCGGAUAGUCUUGGAACGGUGUGCGGACAAAUAGCCAGUCAAUUGACCAAACAUUGUGGAACGGAGGGAGGAAGUUGCCACUUGAGUUGUUUUGGUGGCGCAACCCGGAUGUGUUGCUGCGUCGGUCACCAUUGUGGUCAUAAAGACUUCGACGAUGCAGUUGGCGUGCGUCAUGAUACUCGUGACAGCCCCCAUCGCUUGGUGCCAACUCCACGUCAUAUCUGCAGUGUUGGCGAGAGUAUAGUGGUACAGUAGCAUCGCAUCGGCCGAGGCUUGCGAUUGACACGUAGGUCCUUUCGAUUUGGGGCAUUCGGCAAUGAUAAAGUGUGCGACGCAGGCUUGGAUCGAUGCAGGCCGAGUGCUGUAUGACCUCGACGGAGACGAUAAAAUGCAGCGGCUGAGGGCAAACUUGGCAUCGCAGGAGGUUGCAAAUGACGUCAAUGUCGUGGUGGCGCUAACAGUAGCAGCAGCUAUCGCAACCACAGCAACAAGUGCUGGAACCAUGCCCGAACGGACAAUUGGAUGACUAGAUAGAAUAUGCAAUGUGGUUUGGUUGUACACCGUGAUGGUGUUGAUUGCUUGGCCGAAAG